AUGUCUCCCAACGGCGAUAACGCCAUGGCUCGCUUUCUUUUUGCCAUUCUGAAGCAAAAAAAUCUCAAGGAUAUUGAUUGGAACCAAGUCGCGCAGGAUCCCGUCUUGCUGCAGCCAAUUUCCAACGGACACGCUGCUAGAAUGAGAUAUUCGCGCUUCCGAGCUACCGUCACGGGACACGAACCUCAACGGCGGAAUCGCCACGGUGAAAAGGAUCGAGUUUCCAAGUCGUCUUCAAGGAAGGAAGACUCGUCCAAGAAGGGCGGCAUCAUCAAGUCGGAAUCUGGCGUGAGCCUCGCAUCUUUGACUCAGUUCUCACCCGCCUUUCAUUCACCCCCUUACUCGACAGAUUACGAGGACUUGAAAACCCGAUUCCUCACACCCUGUAGUGAUGACAUGACCCUAGCCAUGUCAGUCAACCCUGCUGCCCUCGAGGACCGGCAGCACCAAAAGUCGGGUGCAUACUCAUCGACAAUGGACUGCCACUCUGACUUGUUCACCGACCCUGGCAGUCUCACACACUCUCCGGCCUUUCCCGCCUUUGAUGCCGCUUAUGAACUGGACGGGUUCAGUGCUCAUCCUGCCGAGCUGAAUGGUCCAAAUCUGUCAGAUCUCAGCGGUACCCGGUGUGCGCCAGAGUGGAACGAGGACUUCCAUGACCCUCAGCUGUUUUGA